AUGAAUUCCAACAAUAAUAAUAACAAUGACAGUUCGAGUGAAGAUGAUCUAUAAGUGUAUGAGACACUUACGAAAUUGCCACCUCCUAAUGAAUUAUUACCUCGUAAAUUAACAAUAGACAUAGAUGUUAAAUCAUUAUAUCCUCUAAAGUAAUUGAAUUAUUAAUCAAAUAAGACCACUUCCCCAAUUUUGUAAAACUUAUACAACUUUUAUCGAGGAGUCCUCUUAGAAACAAUGCAUUAUUCCUGAUAUAUAGGUGACUGAUGAGAAUAGGACACUACUUGAUUAUUACGAAGAGAAUAAACAAAAUUUAGUAUAUAAACGAUUCGAUCAGUUGGAUUUAGGCAAAAGGACUUCAAAUGAUAGAACAUAUUUUGCAAGUCUCUUAGCCAAUUUUAAGAGGUAUGGACUAUUCUAAAUGAAGAACAUAACCAAGAGUAUUUUUCAGAGGAGAGGCACUUUUUGAUUAAAAAUUAACACCAUGUUCUUGUGAUCAAAUAUAAUUUGAUUCCAAUUUUGAAUCAGGCAAUCUAUUUUGUGCAUUCAAAAAAGCAGAUAAUGUUUAUGAUCUAAUACUUCAAAAUGAUAUUAAUACAAGAGGCAACACAUAAUGGUUUUUUUUUAGUGUAACUGGAGCCAAAGCAGGCUAAACAAUUUAGUUUAACAUUCUCAAUCAUGUAUAUAAUCAAUAAUUAAUUUUAGCUUAAAACAGGUAGUUUAUUUAACGAAGGUUUAUAACCAGCUGUAUAUUCAGUAAAAGAGAAUUAAUUAGUAGGCACUGAAUGGUGUAGAGAAGGAUUUAAUAUAAGUUAUUUCAAAAGUGUUUUCAUGAAAGAAUACCCUCUAUCUUUGAAGAAGAAAUACUAUCAGUUACGAUUUCAUUAUACUUUUAAACAUGAUGGAGAUAAAGUUUACUUUGCUCAUUCUUAUCCAUAUACUUAUACGAAUCUAUUGGAAUUUUUAAAUACAUAAUUGGAAGAUUAGGAAAGAAAUUAGUAAUAUUUAAAUAUCAAUUUUUUAGAUACUUAUCUCGAAAAGUAUUAUGUACAACUCUAGGAGGAAAUACAUGUGAAGUUCUUACUAUUACUUCUAAUUCGUUGUAGAAGAGAGCAUUUAGAAAAGGAGUAGUAUUUUUAGCUAGAUAACAUCCUGGAGAGCCUCAAGGAUCUUAUGUUAUGUAGGGGAUUAUAGAAUUUUUGACUUCAAAUAAUCCUUAAGCUGAUUAUUUGAGAUAGAAUUGCAUUUUUAAAAUAUUUCCAAUGAUGAAUUCAGAUGGUGUUGUAAAUGGGAAUUAUAGAUGUGGUCUAGAAGGAAGUGAUUUAAAUAGAAGAUGGAAGAAACCAAAUAAAUAUUUACAUCCAAGUGUGUAUUAUGCAAAAAAAUAUGUAAAAGGAUUUAGUAAAGAAAGACAAAUAUUGUUGGUAGUUGAUUUACAUGGUCAUUCAAGAAAGUAAUGAGGAUUUAUAAUUUUAGACAAUCAUCAUUUGUUUAUGGUUGUGCUUAUUCUUCUUAAGUGAAGACUAUUGAAAGAGUAUUUGCACUUUUGAUGUCAAAAGUAAAUCCUUUUAUGGAUUAUUCUUCUUGUACAUUCAGAGUAGAGAAUGCAAAAGAUAAAACAGCUAGGAUUCAACUUUGGAGAGAACUCAAAAUCAAUUGGGUUUAUACUUAUGAGUGUAGUUUCUAUGGCUAAUAGAAAAAACAUUAUUAAAUAAAAGAUUAUUUAAAUUGUGGUGUAAGCAUAUGCAAUGCUUUAUCUUAAAUAGUCAAAGAUACAACUAAAGAAUUUACUAAUUAAGCAAAUUAACCAGAUAUAUAAUAAUAGAUGUUAGAAGAAUUGGGGAAAAUGCCAUAAACAGAUGAUUAAGAUAAUGGAUCAGAUUCAAGUUAAUCGGAAGCUGAAUUAUCAGAUGAUGAAAUGGUUUAAUUAUUUUAACCAAAAACAUAUUCAAUGAAAUAGAAAAGUCUAUUAAAAUAAUAAGAAACUAAUAAUAAAAAAAAACCUUAAUAACCAAAUAGUAAUUUAAAAUCAACUCUAGCUUCAUAAAAAACAUCUAUAUUGUAGGAGUCUCCAUCUAAAAAUUCAGAACAAAAACCACCGAUGAGUAGCUAAAAACCAAAGAAUCCAUUAUAUAGAAUUUAAGCACCUUAAAGAGUACGAUAAAUAGAUUAAGUUAAAUAACCAGAACUUCCACUUAUGGUUGAUAAAUCGGUAUAGACAGAUGAUUGGAUGUAUCGUUAAUGGUUGAUUCAGAUGGGCAAACUAAAAAAGUAACAAGAAUUCCAGAGUUUUACACCAACUAGAAAUAUUUACAAGUCAUCAUCUCAAUCAGUGACUAGAUUUAUCGUUAAGAAUUCCACCACGAAGAAUGAUCGAGGACGAGUUGAUUCCAUUUCCCUUAUGGCAUCUGGUUUACAAAAUAAAUUAAGUAAUAUAUAAUUAACAAAUAAGGUUCUUCUAGCCAAUAGCGCUAAAUGAUGAGAUACUCUGGUAGUAAUUUUAUGUCUUGA